GCUCAAUCGAUACCCCCGCCGUCUCCGACGUCGUCUUCGACACCUACUCCGGUACUCUCACUACCGUCCCUACUCCUACGCCAAAGCGCCGCAGCCCGCCUGGCUCCGCCCACAGCGUUCUCACCAUGUUCAAGCAGUCCGCGCUCCCGCGCACUCUGCGGGCCACCCGUGCGGCCGCGACUCAGUCCCGCAGCCUCGCGACCGUCGCCGACCCUCCCGUUCGCCACUACGGCGGGCUGAAGGACCAGGACCGCAUCUUCCAGAACCUGCUUCGCAAUGGCGACCCUUACCUCAAGGGCGCGCUCGCGCGCGGCUCCUGGCACAAGACCAAGGAGAUCCUGCUCAAGGGCGACACGUACAUUAUCAACGAAAUGAAGGCUUCGGGUCUCCGUGGCCGAGGUGGUGCUGGCUUCCCUUCGGGCCUGAAGUGGAGCUUCAUGAACAAGCCGGGAUGGGAGAAGGACCCUCGGCCACGCUACCUUGUCGUCAACGCCGACGAGGGUGAGCCCGGAACCUGCAAGGACCGCGAGAUUAUGCGUGGUGACCCCCACACCCUCGUCGAGGGCUGCCUCGUUGCUGGCCGUGCCAUGAACGCCAAUGCCGCCUACAUCUACAUUCGCGGCGAGUUCAUCGUUGAGGCCCACGCUAUGCAGCGUGCUAUCGACGAGGCGUACGCCGCUGGCCUCAUCGGCAAGAACGCCUGCGGCUCCGGGUACGACUUUGAUGUCUACCUCCACCGCGGCGCCGGUGCCUACAUCUGUGGUGAGGAGACCGCUCUUAUCGAGUCGCUCGAGGGCAAGCAGGGCAAGCCUCGUCUCAAGCCUCCUUUCCCCGCCGACGUCGGUCUUUUCGGCUGCCCCUCAACCGUCGCCAACGUCGAGACUGUUGCCGUCGCCCCCACCAUUCUCCGCCGCGGUGGUGCGUGGUUCGCCGGCUUCGGACGUGAGCGCAACCAGGGCACCAAGGUGUUCUGCGUCUCGGGCCACGUUAACAACCCCUGUGUCGUUGAGGAGGAGAUGUCCAUUCCCCUCCAGGAGCUCCUGGAGAAGCACUGUGGUGGUGUCCGCGGUGGCUGGGACAACCUGAAGGGUGUCAUCCCCGGUGGUUGCUCCGUCCCUGUCAUCACCCGUCCUGUCGCCGAGAAGUGUCUUAUGGACUAUGACUCGCUCAAGGACAACGGUACCUCGCUCGGCACAGGUGCUGUCAUCGUCAUGGACAACACGACCGACAUGAUCCGUGCCAUUGCCCGCUUCUCCAAGUUCUACAAGCACGAGUCCUGCGGCCAGUGCACCCCCUGCCGUGAGGGCACGACCUGGAUGAUGAACAUGAUGGACCGCAUGGUUGAAGGCCGAGCUCAGGAGCGCGAGAUCGACAUGCUGCUUGAAUUGACCAAGCAGGUUGAGGGCCACACCAUCUGCGCUCUUGGUGACGCCGCCGCUUGGCCAAUCCAGGGUCUCAUGCGUAACUUCCGCCCAGAGGUUGAGCAGCGCCUGGCCGAUUUCCACGCCAAGAACGGCCAGACUCUGUUCGGUGGCAAGCUGAAGUCGGACGUCGACUACUCGCGCGCCGUCCCUGACAACCUCGGUGGUGAGGUCCCUCAGGUCUCUGCCCCGGCAGCAUAGGUUAAAACGCAGUAGACAUGCAUGUAUUGAGCUAGG